ACAGCCUCAAAGAAAGAAAGUUUUAACAAGUCAGAAUCUAAAUCCUAAGAUUUUUGUGCAUUAUUUUAAGCAAAGUUUAGUAAAAUAAUACUAAUCAGAGUGCCCACAAACAUUCCCCAAACCCUCCCUCCGUAACCAUGACCGUGGUAGAAUUCUUCGGCUGCUCCUUCCUGGCGUUCGGCCCGCCCGUGGCCAUGUUCGCGCUGACCAUCGCCCACGACCCCAUCCGGAUCAUCAUCCUGAUUGCGGCGUCCUUCUUCUGGCUCGUGUCGCUGCUGCUGUCCUCGACCGUCUGGUUCGCCGUGUUUCCGCUGCGGGACAAGCUCGUCUUUGGGUUGAUCUGCUCCGUUUUCAUUCAGGAAGGCUUCCGCUACCUGAUGUACAAGCUGCUCCGGAAGACGGAACGGGGCCUGCAGGAGGUCACGGAAAUUGCGCGAAUCUCCGACUACAAGCACAUCCUGUCGUACGUUUCGGGCCUCGGUUUCGGCAUCAUCAGCGGGGCGUUCUCGCUGGUGAACAUCUUGGCGGAUUCGGUGGGACCGGCCACCGUUGGGUUAAAGGCCGGCUCGAGCGUCUUCAUCUUGAUCAGUGCGGCCCAGUCGCUGUGUAUGAUUCUGCUGCACACCUUUUGGAGUGUGAUCUUCUUCAGCGCGUGUGACGUGAAGAAUUACUACCACAUCGGGUACGUCGUAACGAGCCACCUGUUUGUGUCCUGCAUGACGCUGCUCAAUGGGCAGGAGCUGUUUGCUGUUUCGUUGACGGCGUCCUACAUCGUGAUGCUGGUGACCAGCGUGAUUUCGUUCCGGGUGGUGGGCGGCAAUUUUGCCUCUUUUAAGAAGUUUGUGACGUGUAAGUAAGGUCGUGUCCGAAAUCUCUCCAAAUAUAACUUAAUUUUAACAGUAACUGUUUACAUUCUACUAUCAUACAUAUUGGAAAAUAAAUUAUUAAUCAUUUAAUAAUCAGCUAA